UCAUAUCUGUUUUAAGACCAAUUCUGUGUUAUCGCCAAAAGAUCAUACCAAUGUGGUUGAUUUCUAUUUUAUCAUAAUAGUCAAGUGGUCCUUACUUGUGUUAUGGACAUGAAGUCGUGGUUCCCCUUUACCUGGUAAAGUUGAAAAAUAAAGAGAUCGAGUUGGAUGAGGGACAACUGCCCCCCUUUUGAACUUCAUAGACAGAGACCAGUAAUUAUACAGUCAGAAGAGACGUUUCCUCCAUUCAGGUGAAUGGCCAUCUGGCAGUGGCUUCUGUAUGUCAUAGUAAAUUAAUAAAGGUAGGUGGGUGAGAAACUAGAGGAAGGAAAUUAAUAGUACAAAAGUCGGGUGCGUGCGCGGGAUGUGUGACACACAUAUACACAACUCCAGUGGGUAGCACAGCGAGGGCGAGUGAGAAUGAGUCAGAGGUGGAGGGUUUCCUCACGCUAUAUAAAGUGAGGUAGGCGAAGGCUAAAGCUCAGCGCGUGCCAGCGAGAGCGUCUCUCCCAGCCUAACGAUCGCUGCUCCAAACCGAAGUGCUGAAGAGGACGCGAGGGGGGACUGAGCGACCAAACUAGUGUGAGGGCGCGGCUGUCAUGGGGCUGCAUGGGCUGCUUCUGCUACUGCUGGCGACUGGGCUGCCCGCGGAGCUGAACGGUCAGAGCUCUCCGGCACUCGGAGCCGCAACGCCCCGUGGGAGCGGCCCCAUUCCAGGCGGCGACUACGCAGUGAAGCUGUGUGGCCGCGAGUUCAUCCGCGCGGUCAUCUUCACCUGCGGAGGGUCACGCUGGAAGAGGAUCGCUGCACAACAGCGGGAGGCGGAGGAGGCGCCACUCCCUGCCGGGGCGCGCGCAGAGUUUCUUCAAACUAGCAGUGAUGAAGGACUGGAGAAUAUUAAGUUACAGUCAGUCUUGGAUCCUGAGCUAGAGCAACUACAAAGUAUCAGUCAACAAGUUGCACAGCAGUCACUAAAAGACUUGUUUAAUAUAUUUGAUGAUUCUAAUGAAUAUGUUCCUACUUCCAAUGAAUACAUCCAUCAAAUAGAAGAUGCAGCACACAAAAGUAGAGAUGAAACUGGGUUGGCCAAUACUGUGGGCUCAUAUAACUUUCCUUUAGUCAAAUACCCUAGAAGAAAGCGUGGAUUCUCUGUGGGAGUGGCUGGAAUGUGCUGUAAAUGGGGAUGUACCAAAACUGAGAUUAGUACAUUGUGUUAAGAAUGCCUUUAUAUCUUAUCUCCACUUCUAAUUUUUCCAGAACAUGUACUCAGUGUAAUUUGCCAUGCUACUUAAUUGAAUACUGGAUGUAGGGGAAAAGAAGUUGGUUGAUUUUUAAUUUAUUUUUUCUCUAAAUAAUUUGGUUUCCUAAUUUCUUGUAAAAAAGAAAGGCACAAACCAUGAAUUGUCACUAGAAUUAUGUUUUGCACUAAUUAUAUUGCAUUGUAUUUUCAUUUUUCUACUAAUAUUUUAAAUUCAUGCUCACUUCUGUGCCAUAUUUGCAACACUGAAGAGAGAAACUCAGCCUUCAAUUAAAGUGUUUAUAGUCUACAUGAAUUGCGAGUGUAUAACAUUUACAGUUAGCAGAUAUAACUCAUUCAGGGAUAUAUUUUCCUAUGUAUUCCCAGUCAAUGGACUAUUAAUGAACACAAUCCUAAAAAAAUAAAAUGUAGUUGUCCUAGACAACCUGGGACAUGAACUGCAUUGGUAACACACUGCACAUAAAAGUGAAGAGACUUGUCCAAGUACAUAUAAGAUGGUAUAAAACCAUGUAAGGGAAUAAUUACUUCAGGGAUGGCUACAUCAGAAAUCUCCUUUAACAUUUCACAUCUACAAAACUACUAUUUUUCUCCAAGCAUCCCUGAAAGAUAGUAUCUGGCUUAUUGGUAUAUUCUGAAGUAUAGGUGCUCUUUAGGACAACCUCCAUAGCCAUGCUCUUUCUAAGACAAUACACAAAGUGUGAAUUUUUGACCAGUGGAGAUUUUAAGGAUCAAUAACAAGCCAAUGCCAGUUCCCUGUCCUGCCUUUUCUUAACAUCCAGCAUGUUGAACACUUCUGGUAGACCCAAAAGCUUCCAUCCAUU